AUGAGUCUCCGCACACCUCUCGGCCUCUCACGGCGGGCAUUGCCUGGCCAAAUCGCAAAGUAUGCCGCCUCACAGCACCAAUCCAUGGCCACCGUCGUCCCGCCUGUCACCCAAGACAACACUGGUUCCAAGGGCCCCACCGCCAUGGUCUUUAUGAACAUGGGUGGCCCCUCGACUACUGCUGAGGUCGGCGACUUUCUCAGUAGACUAUUUGCAGAUGGCGACUUGAUUCCCCUCGGCAGAUUGCAGAAUUACCUCGGUCCCCUGAUUUCCAAGCGUCGUACUCCCAAGAUCCAGAAGCAGUAUGCUGCAAUUGGUGGUGGUUCGCCCAUUCGUAAAUGGUCCGAGUACCAGAGCUCCGAGAUGUGCAAGAUCCUCGACAAGAUUUCGCCCGAGACCGCCCCUCACAAACCUUACGUCGCUUUCCGCUACGCCGCCCCUUUGACCGAGGAAAUGUACCAAAGACUGUUCGACGACGGCUUUGGCAAUGGAAAGGGAGGCAGAGCUGUCGCCUUCACCCAAUACCCCCAGUACUCGUGCAGUACCACUGGAAGCUCCUUGAACGAGCUUUGGAAAUGGCGCCAAAGACUCGAGACCAAGCGCGCAGGUGGCGAGAUUGAUGAAGCUGGUGCAAUCACUUGGAGCGUCAUUGACCGCUGGCCUUCGCACCCUGGCCUUGUUGAAGCUUUCGCCCAAAACAUUGAGGCCAAGUUGCUCGAGUACCCUGAGGAAACAAGAAAGGAUGUUGUCUUGCUUUUCUCGGCUCACUCCUUGCCCAUGAGCGUCGUCAACAGAGGUGAUCCCUACCCGGCCGAGGUGGCUGCCACGGUCUACGCAGUCCAACAACGCUUGGGCUUCAAGAACCCUCACCGUCUCGUCUGGCAAUCUCAGGUCGGCCCCUCCGCUUGGUUGGGAGCCCAGACCAGUGAUACUGUGACAAACUUUGUCAAGAGAGGCCAGAAGGAUCUCAUCCUCAUUCCUAUUGCUUUCACGUCGGAUCACAUCGAAACACUGUUCGAAGUUGACCAAGAGAUCAUCCACGAGGCCAACGAGCUUGGUGCAGAAGGCCGUGUCAAGAGAGCAGACUCAUUGAACGGCAGUCCUGUAUUCAUCAAGGGUUUGGCUGAGCUUGCAAGAGACCAUUUGGCGAGUGGCGAUGUUGGCAGCAGGCAGCUGGGUCUGAGAUGUCCCGGAUGCACCAGCCAAAGAUGCUUGGAAACCAAGAAAUUCUUCAUGAAGCAAGAGGCAUUGCUGUAA